CAAAGCAGUGGAUCACAGGCUUCUCCAAGCAGACUCAGAGCCUGUCCCCAAAAAGGUGAGCAUGGGAGGACGGAGGAUGGUACGAGAUGAAGAAAAUAUUGAUGAUUCUGAGGCCACACAGACACUGAGGCUGGUCCUGGUGGGGAAAACAGGAACGGGGAAAAGUGCCACCGGAAACAGCAUCCUGGGUCAGAGCCACUUCCAGUCCCUGCUCAGCGCCUCCCCAGUGACCACAAAAUGCUCCGUGGGGAAAGGAAGGUGGGACGGCUGGAACCUGGAGGUUAUGGAUACCCCGGACCUUUUCAGCUCCAACAUCCCCAAGGCAGAUCAGCGAUGGUGGGAGUGGGGCCGCUGUGUCCUGCUCUCAUCCCCAGGGCCCCAUGUCCUGGUGCUGGUGACCCAACUGGGGCGCUUCACCGCCCACGACCAAGUGGCCAUAAGGACUGUAAAGGCCAUGUUCGGGGACCAAGUGGUGGCCCAUACCAUCGUGCUCUUCACACGCAAGGAGGACCUGGAAGGGGACUCCCUGCAGGAGUAUGUGCGUGACUGCAACAACCAUGCACUGCGCAAGUUGGUGGCUGAGUGCCGAGGCCGCAUGUGUGCCUUUGACAACAGGGCCUCGGGCCUCGAACAGAAGGCACAGAUGGCCGAACUUAUGGCGCUGGUGGAGCAGGUGCUCCGAGAGCAUGGCGGUGCCCCCUACAUCGGUGGUCCCUAUCUCCUGUUGCGGACCCCAGAGUUUGCUAGUCCUGAAGACCGGCUCCGCAGGGUGGUGUCGAACCUAGCUGAGCGCAUGAAGAGGCACCAGCGUGGGUGGCUGGCAGAGAUGCUGGCCUGGACCAAGGUCCCCAGGAACCGCUGGCGAGUGGCCCUGGCCACCAUGCUGCUGGGAGGCACAAUUCUGCUCUGUGUGCUGCACUAUUGGCGAAGAGCAAAUGCAAUGUCACCUACAGCAGAUCCCCAGCUCAGGAAUCGCUGA